AUGGGAGGACGCACGGGUGUUAUCGCUAUUUCUCUGAUGACUCUAGCGUUCUGCUGUUCAGUCGUCGGUGAGAUACAUCGAGCGAAACACACGGGGAAAGUUGUCGCACAGUCCGCCGAUCAAGCUUCUGUCGAACACCAGGAAAAUAUGAACACAAGUUCCAACUCAAGGCUCGAAGUUUGGAUUUAUUCGAUUGUUGGCACGAUAUUUGUCGGGUUAAGUGGAAUAUUUCCCUUGUUGAUCAUCCCAUUUCGAGACGACACUGCCAAGAACCUCAGCAAUACUCCAGGUUUGGGAUUGUUACUGAGUUUUGCUGUUGGUGGCCUUCUUGGCGAUGUGUUUUUACAUUUAUUACCAGAAGCAUGGUCCCAUAAUGAUGAUAGUAUAAAUGACCUAACUUACCAUAGGUAUAUUGGAUUCUGGGUACUAUCUGGCAUCAUCACUUUUCUCAUUCUUGAGCAAACAUUUUCUGACAAUAAAUGUGACAAUACUGAGGAAAUUGAAUCACAACAGGAUUAUUCACAAAAAACUCAGAACACCAGAAAUACAGAGUCAUCCAACCAUGUGAGGCAGCGGCAAGUAGAUGAAAAACCUACAAAUAAGAAAAAUAUUAAAAGUAAAAAUGGUUGUCAGCGAAAUGGAUUCAUUAAUCCAUGUGACGAUCACAGCACAAAGACAACUAGUGAAGUUGUUCAGAAACAAGUGAAAAAAGAAAAAAUAAAGGUAUGA